GGAUGAUGGCAGAAAGUUAGCUCCGUCCGAUCUCCGGUCAUUCAUUUCACGGCGUGCUCCAGUCUGGGAACAAGCAACCGCCAAAUCCGCCAUUGGAGCGACUUCUGGGGAUCAUCUAGGAAGCAGUUGAAGUCAAAGAGGCAUUUUGAUCUCUAUCGUUCUCUCGUUUUCGCAGUGGAAAAUGAGGCGGCGGACGUUGUAUGCUUGGGGAGUGGCGAUUGCUUGCUUUGUCGUGCUUAUGAUCGUCACCCCGGCGAUUCCUCAGUCGGAGGCAUACCAUGAUUUCGCUGACCAGCGCGAGUUCUUCGGCAUACCUAAUUUUCUGAAUGUGGUGUCCAAUUUCCCAUUCCUUGUCGUUGGUCUCGUUGGGCUUGUGCUUUGCUACUACGGGAAUUAUUUCAAGCUGAGCCUCCAAGGUGAGCUACUGGGUUGGACAUGUUUCUUCCUCGGUGUUGCCGCUGUUGCUUUUGGCUCCUCGUACUACCAUCUCAAGCCAAAUGAUGCCCGGCUUGUGUGGGAUCGCUUGCCGAUGACCAUUGCGUUCACUUCUAUUGUGGCAAUUUUCAUCAUUGAAAGGAUUGACGAACGGAAGGGAAUGAUAUCGAUUGUACCGCUACUUUUGGCUGGUGCUCUGAGCAUUCUAUAUUGGAGGUUUUUUGAUGAUCUUCGCCCAUAUGCUAUAAUCCAGUUCGUUCCUUGCAUUGCUAUACCAAUUAUGGCGAUUUUGCUACCUCCAAUGUACACGCACUCGACAUACUGGCUCUGGGCAGCAGCAUUUUAUCUUAUAGCCAAAAUUGAAGAAGCUGCAGAUAAACCAAUCUACAAAUGGACUCACCAUUUUGUCAGUGGACACACGCUUAAGCAUCUCUGUGCUGCAAUGGUCCCUGUUUUCUUGACUCUCAUGCUUGCAAAGAGAACUAUUGACCUAGAGAGGCAAAGUUUGCUAGUGACAUGGAAGAUUUCCUGGUACCGGUAUAGAGAGAAGAACUCGAAGGGAGAGAAUUGCGAAAGCACUUAUACUAGUGUUUCAGCUGAGGAAUCAUGAUAAAUCAGAUCACACUCUCUUCUUGACAGAAUUUGGUAAAUUUAUGGCAUUCAGAAAAUCCCGCUAACACAGGAAAACCUCAUCACAAAACACCGAUGACAUAAAAGUGUCUUACUUUAUGUACAUAGAGAAAUAUAGUCUAGUCAUUCAACAUGGUCUUACUCUUGACUGUGCCUUUUGUUUGUUGAUCAGGGCAAGUAGAUGAACUCAGCUUCAUUAGCUCUGCCUCCGAAUUUGGCUUGUUACAUUUGAUACUGUUGUAUGUCAAAACAAUUUUCAUUUACAUGGUUCAUUUAAGCGAUUUAUCCCUUUGUUGUUC